UCAUCAUCCUCUGCCUGCUUAUUAUCUAUCAGACUCCAUUUAAUGAGGCAUCAGAAGAAAGGUGCAACCAUGUACUUACUGCUAGUGUUUGUACUACAGGCCUUGUGGGUGAGUUGCUGCCAUGCCACACAGCAUUACCCGGCCUCAUGGGGGCACUAUGAUGUUUGUAAGUCCCAGGUUUAUGCAGAGGACCGCUUGGCCUGGCACUAUAUGGCCUGCCAGCCUGAGGCCACUGAUAUGACCAAAUACCUGACUGUCUCUCUGGACCCACCCAACAUUACCUGCGGAGACCCACCUGAGAUGUACUGUGCCCUGGAAAACCCAUAUAUGUGUAAUAACGAAUGCGAUGCUGAUACCGAAGAGCUGGCCCACCCGCCCGAGCUCAUGUUUGACUCUGAAGGACGAAACCCAACCACGUUCUGGCAGUCAACCUCCUGGAAGAAAUACCCCAAGCCCCUUCAGGUCAACAUCACGCUGUCAUGGAACAAAACAAUAGAACUCACAGAUGACAUUGUCCUCACCUUCGAAUCUGGCCGACCCGAGCAGUUGGUCUUGGAGAAGUCCCUGGAUUAUGGUCGUACGUGGCAGCCGUAUCAGUUUUAUGCAUCUGACUGUUUGGAUGCCUUUACUAUGGAGCCAAAAGCAGUACAUCAGCUGACCCCAAGCACAAUGCUAGAAAUCAUCUGCACCGAGGCCUAUUCAACAGGCUACGUGUGGAAGUAUGAUAAGACUGUGCGCUUUGAGAUCAAAGACCGCUUCGCCCUUCUUGCUGGCCCGAGACUGCACAACAUGGCUUCUCUGUAUGGGCAGCUGGACACCACCAAGAACCUAAGGGAUUUCUUCACCCUCACUGACCUUCGAAUAAGACUUCUACGGCCUGCCACCGGAGCCACAAUGGUGGAUGAGAACAACCUUUCUAGAUACUUCUAUGCCAUCUCAGACAUUAAAGUGCAGGGCAGGUGCAAGUGCAAUCUGCAUGCCAACAGCUGUGUUUUUGACAAAGGGAAGCUGGGGUGCGAGUGCGAGCACAACACUACAGGGCCAGAUUGCGCACGCUGCAAGAGACACUACCAGGGCCGAGCCUGGAGCAUGGGCUCCUACCUGCCCAUCCCCAAGGGUACUGCCAAUAUCUGUAUCCUGAAUAAUCUUGGCACCUCUGUUCGACCGAAUGCUUCUUCUCUUGGAGCAGCAAACCGAAAUCAAGCUCGAGUGUGUGACAACGUGCUCCUGCGCUGUCAGAACGGUGGUGUGUGUCACCACCACCAGCGCUGCCAGUGUCCGGCCGGUUUCGGCGGCAUACUUUGUGAGAAGGCCCAGUGCAAGGGUGACUCUUGCGAGGAUCUGCAAUCCAGCCAGCCGUCCCUCCGCCCCCUGUCCACGGCCCAGACUCUCCCGCUGGCUCUUCUAUCUCUCAUCCCCUCCCUGCUGGCCGCCCGGGGCCUUACAUCACUCUGAGGGGAAUGCUUUCGCCCCAAAGACUCCACGGGGGCUCCAAUCAUGACUUCCUGUUAGAGGACACACGACGACUGAAAGGAAAUGCUCCUUUGAUGUGGUGGGGGGGGGGCAUCUUUUUAGGAAACCGUAAAGUUUUCUAUUCAGUAUUAUGUCAAUUAAAGUUUGCCAGAGAUGAUGGAUAAACUGACAAAAUAGAAAGUGAAAGGAAAUUAACAAAAAAAAAAAGAAAAGAAAAAAAGAACAACAACUUAUAAAAAGCUGACACUAAUGACCAUUUUUGUCUUUAUUGAAAAUGUUAGGAAGAAAUCAAAUCAAUACACUGUUACACUGCUCUGAAGCCAUCCGUCAGAUAAAAUUCUAUCUCAAGCCUCAGAGCACAGAAACACUGCAAUACAUUUUUUUUUUUUUUUUGGAGACAAAUCAUCAAUGUGAAGAUGAAUCAAGAUGUACUUGUAGACUGCCACCUGAAUUUACGCACACACCAACAUGACUGGUUGUCAAACUUCUCACACUUUACCUUUUCCUGACCCUGUCUCUUCUUCUUGUAACUAUGUGAAGUCAUGUAAAAGACCCAUGGUGUAUGUCACACAACAACUGAACCAGAUUAUCAUUCAGAGCUGGUGUAAGAUCAAAUAUACAGUAACAUGAGAGUCAACUGUUGACAUUUUGUGCUGGGAUGUUUUAAUGUCAAUGAGAAUUAGAACAAGAAGAAAGACCCUGAUCAGCAACGUGACAUUUUGCAUCGCAGCAACAUCCUGUAGAAUUUGGGUUGGUCCUUUAUUGCCCCGAUGAAGUUGAAUAUUCCUGUUCAGUCGCUAAUCGUUUUGCUUAAAACAUAUGUUUGCAUUCUCACUGACCGAACUGUAUGAAAGGUUUCACCAAAGGGCGUUGGUGAGAAAUUCUUUGUUGCUUGAAGCCAACUAUGUUUGUGAA